AUGUUGGACGUCAACAUGCUCAGGCCGGACAAGGGCGGCGACCCGGAGGCGGUGCGAGAGAGCGAACGGCGGAGGUUCGGACGCGUGGAGGACGUGGACGACGUCUUGGCGCUCGAUCUCGCGUGGCGCGAGGCGAGACACGCGCUGGAUGAAGUCGGAGGGGAAUUUAAUAAGGCGAAUAAGGAAGUGGCGAUGUUGAUGAAGGCUGGGAAGAAGGAUGAGGCGGCGCCGUUGAUGGCCAAGGUGAAGGAGAUUGACGAGAGGAAAAAGGCGGCGGCGGAGAAGGAAAAGGAGCUGGAGGAGAAGACGACGACGGCGUUGUUGAAGAUUGGGAACAUCGUGCACGACAGCGUGCCGGUAUCGAACGAUGAAGAAAAUAACGUCAUCGUGCGCACGUGGGGGGAGAAACGCAUGGAAGAAAAGCUUCCGAAUCACGUGGAUUUGAUUUCUAUGUUGGAUAUUGCCGACGUAGAGCAAGGGACCGAAGUCGCGGGCGGGCGAGGGUACUAUCUCAAGGGCGCAGGGGCGCUCUUGAAUCAGGCUGUGAUCAACUAUGCGCUCGCAUUCUUGGCGAGCAGAGGGCACACGCCGCUGGCGACGCCAUUCUUCAUGCGAAAGGACCGUAUGGCGGAGUGCGCGCAACUCGCAGAUUUUGAUGAGCAACUCUACAAAGUGACGGGUGAGGGCGACGACAAGUACCUGAUCGCCACGAGCGAGCAAACGUGCUGUUCGUACUUGCGUAAGCGUUGGUUGAAUACGAACCAAUUACCGAUUCGGUUCGCCGGAUACUCGACGUGCUUCCGUAAGGAGGUUGGUUCUCACGGUCGCGACACACUCGGUAUUUUCCGCGUUCAUCAAUUCGAAAAGGUUGAGCAGUUCGUCGCCGUCUCGGGCGAAGGCAACGCGAGUUGGGACGAAAUGGAACGUCUCAUAGGAAACUCGGAGGCGUUCUACCAGUCGUUGAACAUUCCGUACCAAGUCGUGAACAUUGUGAGCGGGGAGUUGAACGACGCCGCGGCGAAAAAGUAUGAUCUCGAAGCGUGGUUUCCGUCGUCUCGCACCUUCCGCGAGUUGGUUUCGUGCUCAAACUGCACCGAUUACCAAUCUCGGCGACUGGAAAUACGCGAAGGCGCACCAAAGAAGGGUCCGGAGAACAAGAAGGCGUACGUGCACUUGCUCAACUCGACGCUCACCGCGACUGAGCGCACUUUGUGCUGCUUGAUUGAAAACUGGCAAACCCCCGAAGGUCUCGUCGUGCCGCCGGCGUUGCGACCGUGGAUGAACGGCAUCGAGUUCAUCCCGUUC